UGGCAAACACCUUUGGCCUUCGGCCCUUUGACAAGUUCACUUCUGACUGCCUGCCAUGUGGAAGCUGACGCCGUCAGCAGCUCGCUUUGCGAAGGGCUUGCGGCAGUAUCAUGUGGCUGUGGUGGGGAGUGGUCCAGCAGGCUUUUAUACGUCCAAGUUUUUGCUUAAGAAGGACGAGUCCAUGAAGAUCGACAUGUUUGAGCGCUUGCCCACGCCCUUCGGCCUGGUGCGCUUUGGGGUGGCUCCGGACCAUCCGGAGGUGAAAAAUGUGAUCAACGACUUCACGGCCGUGGCCGCGGCCCCGAACUUCCGCUUCUUUGGCAACACGGAGAUUGGCCCAGAGGUCCCACUGGAGCGACUGCGGCAGAUCUACGACGCCGUGAUCCUUUGCAGCGGCGCCAGCGGUGAGCGCCGCUUGGGCAUCCCGGGGGAGGACGCCUUCGGCGUGGUGGGCGCGCCAGCCUUCGUGAAAUGGUACAACAGCCAUCCAGAUUACCAGGAGCUCCAGUUCAACCCCCCGGGUGAGGCCGCAGUGGUGGUGGGCCAAGGCAACGUCGCCUUGGACGUGGCGCGCUUGCUGCUGCGCUCCCCUCCGGACCUGCAUGCCACCGACAUGGACUCCAAAGCCGUGGAGGCGAUCACUGGCUGGCAAAAGGCGGGCUUGCGCACCGUGCACAUUGUCGGCCGCCGCGGCUUUAUUCAGGCGGCAUUUACCAAUGCGGAGCUGCGAGAGCUCUUGACUACGGAUGGGCUGCUGCCUGUGGUGGACCCAGAGGAGUUGGCGCUCUGCCGCAACGAAGCCUCGGAAGCCGAGCUGAAGAAGAGCCGCAUGAAGCAGCGGUCCCUGGACAUUUUGCAGAAGAUGGUGGCCAACUUCUCGGAGCUGGAAAGCACCAGCAAGCGGAUCCUCCGCUUCCACUUCCUGAGGUCGCCCUUGGAGGUGCUGUCAACGCAGGGCGCCCUAACGGGGAUUCGAAUGAGUCGGAACCAGCUCUCAGGGGAGCCGGGCAAGCAGCAAGCAACGCCUGCGGAUGCCUCGCAGAACCUGGAAGUCUCCUGCGGCCUAUUGGUGCGCAGCGUAGGCUUCGACAUUCUGCCAAUGGCGGGCCUGCCUCUAUCUUCGAACCGAGUGCCCCACAGAAACGGCUGCGUGGAGUCGGCGGGCCCGGGAAGCGCUGGAUUAUAUGUCUCCGGGUGGUUAAAGCGUGGCCCCACGGGCAUCAUCGGGUCGAACAUCGGGGAUGCUAAAGAAACGGCGGAGAAGGUGUGGAAGGACCUGUCGGAGCAGACAACCAAAGAGUGGUCUGAAGAGCCCCUACAGGCGAUGCUCUCGAGCAAGGGCUCCCCAGUGGUGCUCUUUGAGGACUGGCAGAAGCUCCAGGCGGAGGAGCUGCGGCGGGGGGAGGCUGCGGGGAAGGCCGCGGUGAAGUUUGCGCAGGUGCCGGAGAUGUUGGAAUUCCUGCACAAGUAAACCUGAAGCACUGGCCUUGGGCGCUCUUUGCGCCGGAUCGGCGUGCUCAUGGCUGG